AUGGCAAAAAUUGUUGCAAUUGCUGGAGGUACCGGUCAUUUUGGCUUACAUAUUACACAUGCCUGUCUGAAGACAUCGUUUCGCGAGGUGCGUGUAUUGAGUAGGAAUAAAAAUGACGAUGCAACUAAAAACCUCGAAGCAGAUGGUGCGAAGAUAUUUCAAGUAUCAUAUGACGAUAUUUCAUCUAUCAAGUCUGCUUUGAAGAAUGUAGAUGUAGUCAUUAGUGCACUCGGGACUCAAAUGUUCGAAGAGAAGACAAAUGUACUCAAGGCGGCUGCAGAAAGCAAUGUUAGCGUCUACUUUCCAGCCGAAUUUGGUAUAGACGAGCGGCUGAAUGAUUUCUCGAAUGCUGUAUGGGAUAAAAAGAAAGAACAUCAAGAGAAUGCUCGUCAUUCAAUCAAAAAAGUAUGCGCAGUCUACAUCCCAUUCUUUACGGAAGACUCAUUUGGUAAAUGGUUUGGAAUUUUCACAAAAAAAGAUAUUUAUGUGAAUUAUGCACUAUUUUGUGAUGUGUCAUUCAAAGCUAGACUUCAUGUUAAAUUCGUACUCGUAACGAGAUGGAAAAAGACUUCCGUGCAUCUAGUGUUGACUGUUCAACCCGUACG